AUGCAGAUUCACAAACUCUGUUUUCUUGCUCUGUUCUUAGCUCAAGCAGCAUUCGCCGUCAAAUUCAACUUCGAUUCCUUCGAUGGAACCAACUUGCUGUUCCUCGGAGACGCAGAGCUCGGUCCUUCCUCCGACGGCGUAAGCCGAUCCGGAGCUUUAUCCAUGACCCGAGACGAAACCCCAUUCUCUCACGGUCAAGGUCUCUACAUCAACCCAAUCCCAUUCAAGCCUUCGAACGACUCUGCUCCUUACUCAUUCGAAACCUCUUUCACUUUCUCCAUCACUCCUCGCACCAAACCCAACUCCGGCCAAGGUCUCGCCUUCAUCAUCGUCCCAGCCGCCGAUAACUCCGGCGCUUCGGGCGGUGGAUACCUCGGAAUCCUCAACAAAACCAACAACGGCAAACCAGAGAACAACGUCUUCGCCGUCGAGUUCGACACUUUCCAGAACGGAGAGUUCCAAGACAUUAGUGGUAACCACGUCGGAACCAACUUCAACUCGCUUACUUCCAACGUCGCUGCGAACGCUGGUUACUGGGUUCAGACGAGAGUCGGGAAGAGGAAGGUUUGGUCGUUUAAAGAUGUCAACUUGAGCAGUGGAGAGAGGUUUAAAGCUUGGGUUGAGUUUAGAAAUAGAGACAAUAUGAUUACGGUUACGCUCGCGCCUGAAAACGUUAAGAAACCUAAGAGACCUUUGAUCCAAGGUCCCAGAGAGCUCAAUGAUGUUCUUCUUCAGAACAUGUACGCCGGUUUUGCUGGUUCCAUGGGCCGUGGCGUUGAGCGUCACGACAUUUGGAGCUGGUCCUUCGAAAACGCCGCCAAGAAUUAG